CGCCCACCUGCCCCCUGCCUCGGGGAACGGCUCCCUCACCGCGAGCCCUUCGGGCCUGACUCCGCGUCUUCCUCCCGUGGCCCCUCAUUUUUGUAUUCUCCUGUGGUCAGUGUAAAUUCCCGUUCCGUUGGAAACAUGUUUUAAGGGCCGGUUAUUCUUCCUGAAAUGAGCUUGGUGAUUAGAAAUCUGCAGCGAGUCAUCCCCAUCAGGAGAGCGCCACUUCGAAGUAAGAUCGAGAUAGUACGGAGGAUUUUAGGAGUGCAGAAAUUUGACCUGGGGAUCAUCUGUGUUGACAACAAGAAUAUUCAGCACAUUAAUAGAAUCUACAGAGAUAGAAAUGUCCCAACCGACGUGCUUUCUUUUCCAUUUCAUGAGAAUCUGAAAGCAGGUGAAUUUCCCCAGCCUGAUUUUCCAGAUGACUACAAUUUGGGAGACAUUUUCCUCGGAGUGGAGUAUAUCUUCCAGCAGUGCAAAGAAAGUGAAGAUUACAAUGACAUCCUGACAGUAAGUGGGGGUACUGAAAGCACAUAACCUGGUUUAUGGAACAUGGGCCAUGCAAAGGGGUCAAGAUCACCACCCCACAUCCACGUGUGUCCAUGGCACCAUAAGGGGUACUGGGGGAAGAACCUGUGAGCAGGGUGAGGAGCACCUAGCUGGGUAGGGACUGCAUGCCUCUUGCCACGGUUGGAGGAGGGAGAGGACACACUGUGAAAACACGGACACUCGCGGAGAAGCCUUCUUAGCUGUUAUCUCUGGAGUAGAGCAGGCUGUGUUGAGCUAACCUAGACCUGCUGGGUCAGCUUCUUUCGGAGCUGCCAGUUGAAGCCACUACCACCUUCCACAUCCAUUUCUCCUGAGUGUAACCCCCCACAGGUUCUGCCUGCCCACUGAACAGACAAAACCAAUUCACUGAGACUGUGGUAUUGCAGUAGAGAAAGAGUUUAACACAGAGCUAGCCAAGCA